CGGCCGACUACGCACGAGGCGGUCGCGACGGCAACCACGUUUUCCACCCUCGUCUUCAGUUUGUCGUGGUGUGUCCUGUCGGCCGGUUGGUUUAGUAAAACGCGUGCCCUUCUCUCGCUCUCCCUCUCCGUUUGUUUUUCGUCGGUGUUUUAUUCUAUCGCGAUCCAAACACACUGCGCGAUUCGUUUCACGCGGCAAAUUGUUGUUGCACACACGCCGGGAGGGAGAGGCCAUUCAAUGGAGAUACGCGUUCUAGUGGAAAGCCGGCGAACAGUGUUGUGAGUUUUCAUGUGCGUACGCGUUGUCAGAAAGUUGUAUCUUGCCGCGUAAUUCGUGAGAACCGAGUGACAGACGACCACGAAAAGGAUCGUUCUCCCAAAGGACUUGAGCGUCACGACGAAGGAGAGGAGAUGCAUCCGGAGAAACGUUGUUUCGCAGACCGAUGAACGUGGCUGGCAGUUGACUCGAUGCAGAGGGACGGCUAAGGAAAUGGCCACGUGACGCGACAGAAGAAGAGAACCCGGCCGCAAGAUGAACACGAACGGCAAUGUCGGCUCUCAGGAGGGUGGGAACGGUACCGAUUACGGUUCCAGCGAGGAGACGGCCGCCCUGCUAAGCAGGGCGCCACCCCCUCCGGUCGUGGUUGCCGCGGCGUCUCAGGGCAAGCCGGUGCUCACGCGACAGGAUCGAGCAACCUUUCUGGUUGCCUCGCCCCAGUUGUCCGUCUCGGGCCUCGGCGGCUCCGAGGAGAGCGGCACCACCGAGGAUCCGGCGACCAGAUCGGUACCGGACAUCGAGCUACAUUGCAGACUCGACGGUGAGGUCCAGCCUCAAUUACAGCCGCUACAACCGCAACCUCAGCCGCAAACGCAAGUCCAACAACCGAUUGUACCCGCUGGUUAUCGGUCCAGGCAAACUUCCCACCAGCACAGGUGUCGUUGCGAUCGUAGGGACUCGUUGGCGCCAUCCUCGGCGCUGCACCUGGCAAGGAGCGUCUCUAGAGAAAGCGUGAAAAGCGGCCACCACUGUUGCCCUUGUCAGGCACCCCCGCCGCCGGUUCUCGUCACGACGUCGCCGAGCGCUCGUAUAAUACGGCAAAGCUCGCAACCGGAAGCGUCCGCGUGCUGUUGUUCCGGAUGUUGUUGCCCUCUACACGCAGGCACCACGCCGAGUGCUGCCUCCCUGCGGCAGCUACGCGAGCCAGGAGAUGGAAUUGCUGGCAUCGCCGCGGAUUCAUUGCGGAUCAAUGGCGGCAUUCGACAAUUCCGACAGUUCCCGUGGUGGUGCAAAUCGUCGUCGACGACAAUGCCACCGACGACACCUCCGCCGCCCACGGCAACGAUACUCGGCGCCGUUUCCGGUUCUGGGUCUGGUUCCGGUAUGCAGGGCGCCCAAGGCGUCGUUCUCUGUCCACGUACGCUGUCGCAGGUCCGACGAUCACGGUUACGAAGAGCCCUCACCGAGGCGACCGCCGAGACCGUCAACUACGUCAAGACGCUGCGGAAGCCAGUGUCGACACUCUCGAUCCCGGGGGCGAUGAAGAACAGCGGCGGCGUGGCCGGUGGGGGUGGUGUGGUGAUCGCCGGGGGCGGUGGCGGGGGUGCUGGUUGCGGUAGCGCGGCUGCUACCGGAACCGGUGAGGACGCCGGAAUCGCCCUCGUUGGCGUCCAUUCCGAAUACCCACGGUACAUGGACGACCGCCUGCUUGCCGGCGGUGGCCAAGUGAAGGGCCAUUCGGGCAGCAUAGGGCCGGGCUCGAAACACAAACCGAACGUCGGCUACCGGCUGGGCAGACGGAAGGCCCUGUUCGAGAAGAGGAAACGUAUCAGUGACUACGCGCUCGUAAUGGGCAUGUUCGGUAUCAUCGUGAUGGUCAUCGAGAACGAACUGUCCAGCGCCGGUGUCUACACCAAGGCCUCGUUUUACUCGACAGCACUGAAAACCCUGAUCUCUGUGUCUACUGUGAUACUGCUUGGCCUCAUAUUUGCUUACCAUGCCUUAGAAGUUCAGUUGUUCAUGAUCGAUAACUGCGCGGACGAUUGGAGGAUCGCGAUGACCUGGCAGAGGAUCGCUCAGAUUUCCCUCGAAUUAGUAAUCUGUGCGGUCCACCCGAUCCCGGGGGAAUACUACUUCCUGUGGACGACCAAACUGGCGAACAAGGGUGGUGAUUUCGGGUCGAAGUGGGUGCCGUACGACGUCACCCUCUCGCUACCGAUGUUCUUCAGACUCUACCUCAUCUGUCGCGUUAUGCUGCUCCAUUCGAAGCUGUUCACCGACGCCUCGUCGCGCAGCAUAGGGGCCUUGAAUCGUAUUAACUUCAACACCAGAUUCGUCCUGAAGACUCUUAUGACCAUUUGCCCGGGUACCGUGUUGCUCGUCUUCAUGGUCUCCCUGUGGAUCAUCGCUUCGUGGACGUUACGCCAGUGUGAGAGGUUUCACGACGAGGAGCACGCGAAUCUCCUUAAUGCUAUGUGGCUCAUAGCUAUCACGUUUCUGAGCGUCGGUUUCGGUGACAUCGUACCCAACACGUACUGCGGUCGAGGUAUAGCAGUUUCCACUGGAAUAAUGGGAGCCGGAUGCACAGCCUUGUUGGUAGCGGUUGUUUCCAGGAAGCUGGAGUUAACGAGGGCAGAAAAACACGUUCACAACUUCAUGAUGGAUACACAAUUAACGAAAAGGUUGAAAAACGCAGCGGCGAACGUGUUGCGUGAGACGUGGCUAAUUUACAAGCACACUAGGCUGGUGAAGCGUGUCAAUCCGGGUCGUGUUCGAACGCAUCAACGGAAGUUUUUAUUGGCUAUUUACGCGCUCAGGAAAGUGAAAAUGGAUCAGCGAAAAUUAAUGGACAAUGCCAACACCAUCACAGAUAUGGCCAAGACGCAGAACACAGUGUACGAGAUCGUGUCCGACAUGAGCACGCGUCAGGACGGGCUGGAGGAACGUUUGGUGGGUCUGGAGGAUCGGCUGAUCGGCCUAGAAGAGAAACUGACCGGUCUCCAGGCUCAGUUGGAGCUGUUGCCGGAAGAGUUGACCAGGUGUCUGGCCCAACACGCCGAGAGGAUGGAGCAGAGACGCAACUUCCUUCACCCGGACACCGCGGUCGCGAUGGCGUCUUCGGGUGGCGGCGGCGGUGGCGGCGGGGUUAGCGGGGGUGGCGGUGGGGGCGGCGGUGGCGGUGUGCCAAUGGUAAACAGUAUGACGAUGGGCAUCUCCGUGUCGGCUCAUCAUCCUCUGGCCAACUUGUCGAACUCGCUGCCGCACUCGAGGAGCGUGCCAAGCGCACCCAGUACCGCGUCCCUUCAUCCUUGGCCGGCCAGUUCGAUCUUACCACCUGUCUCGAGCCGUACGCCUCACCUGGUGCCAGAGACCGGAAGGCACCACAGCCUGGCACAUUCCACGGUGGCCACGACCACGACCUCGCAGUCGGCCACCAGGCUCACCUCGCAGCCCGGAAUGGGAGGACUGGGCAACAGUCAGGGCUCCGACACGUCUGCACACAGCUGAGUCUCGUCUUUGCAGCCGCAGCACUCGUAUUAAGGGAACCGAACCGUUGAUGUUCGGUCACCUCAACGACGCUCGCGUCUCCUCAAGUCCCUCCUCUACGAUCGUUUAUCCGACCUCUCUUGUAAUCCUUUUCUCGUUUCUCUCUCUCUCUCUCAGUGUGUCUCUCUCUUUCGGGGAUAGGAAGUAUCUUCAGGUCCAUGUUCAGGUGUACUGUGAAUUCGUUGACUCUAGUGGGUAGAGUCGUUCGGUUUUGUGCUGCUUUCACGUCGGCCUGACGGUGAGUUAUACGUUCCUGGCGAAGAAGUAGAACGAUGUAAAAAAUCAAAGAGAACACAUACACACAAACGCACAGACUGCCUGAAGGUUCGAGUUUUCCUUCGAUUAUUCGCGGGGUUGAAGAAGCCGCCUACUUUUCUAAGCGCAGAUCAAACGAAAGUCUUGCUGCAGUUGCGUAAACAACGGGUCCAAUCCUCUUCCCGAUUGAUUGUGUCUUCUUAUUUAAACGAAGCGAGAAAGAGAAAAAGGAUAAAAAGGGAUAGGGAAGACGCGCACGUGCCGAGAGGAAGAAUCUUUACUCGGGGACGAGAUCGAUCCCCGGUUGGAGAUUCACGGAAACGUGCGAAACGAAGGGAGGGACUAAGGGACGCGAGUGUCCUCUUCCACUCGCUGCGAGCUGCUCCCCUGCCCAACUUGCGUGCCUGAAAACUUUUUUCUUAAUAUUUAAAUAUUAUAUUCGACACACACACACACACACACGAACUCCAUCUAAUCGCUGUAUACCUCGUGAACAAGAAAGAAAGAAAAAUGAAAGGGACAGGCACCACUUGUGUGUGCGUUUAAUGCGCGCGGAGAACGUCUCGCCUCGGCGAGAAAAAGACGGUGGCUCUUGAACUGACGACGAACGCACACCGGAAGCGUUUCCUAGAGGAUUAAGUCGUUUCCUGCGAGACGUCGCGUACCUUGGUAAGAAUUUUAAUUUCGUUUCGAAUCGCGCGCGCAACGGGCUGCGGUAUAUUUUAAAUGCGUACUCUUCUGGCCACGCGAUUACCCUAGAAUUAUCCAUUAUAAUUUUACGUUGUUCAGCCUCGAUACACGUGACAUCAUUUUUACACACUUCCCGAAUUCCUUCGCCGAGAAAAUUCAAAAUAUCGGUGUACAAAUUGCGAUCACGAAGCAAUUUCGCGUUGUCGAUCAGCUCGAUCGAUGGUAAAUGAAAUUUUAUCGUUCAUUAUUCUUUUUUACUCUUUCCGCCUUGUGAUCGCAAAUUGUUUAUCAGGGAACGAUCGUUCGAACACACAGAAGACACUUUAUCAGGCAAGAUCGCAUCAAAGAAACAAAGAUGAAUCGACACGAACAUUGCAUCGCCGCCCCUCACACCUGAGUCAAGUGACGAGCUUCAAGGGCCACCAAGAGACCACGAAACAAUCCCCGGGGCUGACGGAGGGAGAAUGCAAAGUGAUCUUAUCCGCUUUAACGUCCGUAGGUUACAUAGGAUAUUAUAUUGUUAGCGUAUACAAGGUGUAUGUACACGGUGCACGGGUACAAAGGCUACGUUUCCACCGACGGGGGAGAAAAUUCUUUUUUCUUUUUUAUUUAAUAAACGGUCUAAGUACAACAGUGUACGCGUGUGCACGCGGUGUGGUCCAUUCGUGAAUAUUGAUUUUAUCGAAAAUUUCUUGCCAACGAAAUGUUGUUGUAGAUAGACGUAAAGGGGAUGCACCAUGUAAGGUUCGCUGGAACGUGUCAAAGUUCUUUGGCGUUUCGUUAACAGAGAACGAAUUUAUUUUUGUAAUGGAUAACACAAACGGUGCUUACCUACAAAUUCGAUCGUUCAUUGAAAAACGAUCUACCUAUGACACUGACCCGACUUCUUCUGCUUUCAAGAAAAUCAACCGUGCAAUUUCGAAAGUGCGUCUUCGAAAAUUUAUACUAAAAAAUUUCGAAAAUAUUCCUUGUUAAGGAUGAAAUACUUUCGCGCGGAUGAAAUAUUGGCGAUCACUUAGAAAUCUUAAAAUAUAGGUCGGUCCUGGGUCACUCGAGGAACGCGUCUUCAUACAUGAACGAACUUCUUUCGAGGUCGUUUCGGAAUAUACCACGUUUCUUAUUAUGGAAAUGAAUUCGGUUUCUACGAAAAAUCCCAAAGGGAACCAGAUGAAAGAGGAAGGAUAAAAGGAUUCUGAGCCGGUUGUUGGAUGAUCUCCUUUGAAUCGUUUCUCGCGUACAAUGAUUUUUUUUCCCCCCUGGAACAUUAAUAUUCAGUGUUACGCGAUUCGUUGGAUCAAACGGCACGCACACGUACGAAGCUGUUGUUAUGAGAUAAGCUUAAUCGAACAAAAUAACACGAGAUAAAUGGGGAAUAAUUCGUCAACGAUGUUUCGUUCAAUAUCCGCGACAGGACUGGGUGAUGUAGUAGCUCGAACAGGAAGCGGUGGGUGAAAAUAUAGGAAACUAUGUUAACUAAAUCUUUGAUAUUGAUGAAUGAAAAAACUUUGAUAUUGAAAACUAUAAAAAUUAAUACAAGCGUGCAUUAGCUAUAGGUACAGUUUCAAUUCCGAUUUGAACAAAUUUGGUAUUCAAUUGUUCAAACUGGAAGAUAAUAAAUUUCGUAUAGAAUAUUUCCGCAUUUUUCGAUCCUCCACGGAACAUCCUUAAAAUUCCAAAGAUUAUAAACUUUCAAAGCCAAAUUGAUGAUAAACCUCUAGAUUGUUAUGUCGCAUAAAAAGUUUCCUUAAAUUUCAGUCGCGACAAGCUUACCUUCAGUUCUCCAUCAAUUUUUUCCACGACACUUCAUUUUAUCCUUCUCCUGUGAGACACGUUUCCUCAACAGGAUAUUCAAUUUACCGCUUCCUGUUAAGAGCAGCAUCUGAGGCGGUCCUGAAACCCUUUGUUCGUAUUCUUCGUGGUCGUAAAAACUGUACGGUUUGGCAGGAAGCACACGCGACCGUGAUUCAAGCCUAUCGCGAUUUCUAAUCUAAUUUCAUAAAUAAAUCUUUUCUUUGUUUCCUUCCUUCUAACCACAGUUUACGCAAUCAAAUGAAUUUUCUUGGCUCUGAAAUAAAUUUGCAAACAUAAUUUUUGGUUUAAAGUGACGUACAAGAAAUUAGGCUAUUUUGUACCUCGCAUAGUUUUUAAUGUAAAUCUUGGAACCUAGUUUUGCGAGGGUUAAUCUUUGCAAAUGAUCGAGUUUCCGGUCGCGUGACGUUCCCAUCCGUUAGCGAACACGAUCCACGGCACAUCGAUGUGUCGAUACAGAAACGUGCUGGAUAACGCGUUACGUACGCGCGAGCGAAUCGAGUUAAUUACGUUAAUUGAUAGUAAACGUUGAGAUUCACUAGGUGAUUGGGGGAAAACGAGUCGCGUCGACGGAAUGAUUCGUGUCACCCCACGUGACGAUUCCUUUCUUCGACGCGAUCGGAUAUAUACGUUCUAUACAAACACAUAUAUACAUAUAUACACGCGUGUACACGAAAAUACACGGACACAGAGAUACACGACAGAUGGAAGGACAUUAGCUGGUAAAAUAUGUGUUUAAAUGAAAUCGUUUUAAAGUAUGACUAUCGUUGAAUAAAUUAACAAAUUUCAAAGGUUCGAAUCAUUCUCUAAUGAUAAUUAUUGCUAGAAAAAAAAUGUUGAAAAUAAUUCUUGAAAAAGUCUUCAGUUCUCUAUGAGAUAUCCCGUUAGUGUCCUUUCAGAAAUACUGUCUCAAUUAAUCGUGAACACGUUGUUUAUUAAUUUUGCGAGUCGCUGACACGCGUUCGUCGCGCGGAAAUUGAUCCCGGAAGAUGUUCAGAGCUCCGAAAAGCGAGCCGUACGCUCAGCGACGACCCGUGAAACGAGGAUAACGUUAAGAGAAAGCGAAAGGAGACAAAUAAAAGCAAACACACCAAAAAAAAAAAGAAAACGAUAAAACCGCACACGAUCGACACGCAGGAAAAGAGAACCCAAAGAUCGAGAUUUUUGGGGGCAGAUUCAACCACGUCUCGAAGAGCCAUCACUCAGUGAAGACAUUGAAAGGAAACAAGACAAAGGACUCGGAGAAGAAAGCCGAAGACUUCUCUACAGUCAGGAUCGAAGGUACGAGCAGAAGGGGUGGACAGAAGACUUUUCUGCCCUCAAAAAUGAUCGAACGUUCGUUUCCGGCGGAUAAUGUUGGGACCUGGUUUGUCUUGUCCGUUUAUCGUUUCAUUUCGAAAGCGUUGUUUCGCGGCAACUCCGAAACGCGAAACGGGACCAAAGAAAAAAAAAAAAAGAAACAAAAAGACACAAUUGUCACAAUGUUCUCAUUCCCCUUCUGUCUUCUAUCCUCUACUCUCUCUAGCUGCCUCUUUCUGUCUCCUAAUAACUUGUUCUUCGUUUCCAUUUCUUUCUUCCUCUAAUUGUCUCUCUUUCUAUCUCUAUCUCUACCUAUUUCUGUCGCGGCUCAAAAUACCGGACACAACUCCACACGAUAUUUUUAUAUAGAUUUCUUAAAAGUGCAUUAUAGUGCCAGGAAGACCACGCCAAGUUACAAAAAAAAAGAAAAGAAAUAGAUAAUUAAAAAAAAAAAACCACACACAAACAUACAUGUACACGUAUCUCGAUAUCGAUGCAUUUAGGCGAUAGAGGAGACGAUCCUAUAAGUAUUAUAAAGUAUAAAUACGAGUAGCCAGAUCAUUGACGAUGAGUUGAUCACGAAAAGGUUUAAAAAGAAAAAUGUUCAACGUGGAUGAGAAACGAUUCGAAGCCAAAUGAUCUUUAACCAUCAGUUAUUUGAAUCGAUGAUUUUGAUUUGCGUCGCUUCGAUUGGACUGAUCGGUACCAUUGUUGCUUCGAGUCAUUAAUUAGCCUCUUACGUAGACAUUGAAACCCGGUUAGAAUGAAUUCUGUUCGAUCGUGGAGAGGAAAGUUAAAAGAAAAAGAAGAAAACAAGAUUCGUUUAAAUUGGAUCAAAGUUUCCAUGAUUUCUCAUUUAAUCGAUAAUUAUGUUGAAGUAAAAAUAGCUUUCGAAACAUCGAACGAUAGAGAAAAUUGAAGGAAAUCGAUUUUCCAUCAGAUGCAGCUAGAUAUGUACGUAUAUAAAAGGAAAGGUGUUCGAUCCGCGUUUACGCUGAAGGAUCAGCAGGACAAAGGGGAUGGUUUACAGUGUGAUAUCCCACGGAAAGGACCUUAUACUGGCGAUCUGUACGUUGCCCGAGUGAAAUUGCUUCAUUGACUCUCCUUCGUACGUUCAUAUACCAUCAAGAAUCAUACAGUAUGCGUGCAUGGGACGUUGCGAUUCGUUCGUCUGAAGUAUUGCCAUUAUUUUGAACGACGCGUCGCGACGUAAGAAAAUCAGUAGAAAUACCUACUAAUAGCGCGGCUAUCAGUAUUGACUAUUAACGACAUUAAUCCCCUAAAGGAAUGCCAUUUUUCCAUUUGCAAAUAAUAUUUGUAAGCCUAAUAACAUUGUUUCAAUUCAGUUAGGAAUUAAUCCUUCAAACGUUUUGUUGUUAAAAUGUUCAACCAUUUAGCUGACAAUUAUUCAUUCCCAUUGUUCAGAAAAAUGGAAGGGUUCCAGGUGAACGAAUCCUCUGUCCCAUCAUAAAUAUGCCGAGAUUGAUUUGUAUGUUUAUACCUGUACAUAUGUGUAUACUAUAUUAUGUAAUAUACCCGAUAUUAUAGUAUAUAGUGUAUAUAUAUACAUAUUAUAUCGAAGCGUGCAUUAUGGCCUUUGUUUCGAGCAGAGUUUAUACACGUCUCUUGUAAGGAUCCAAAGGGGGGCGCUUUUGUGUUCAGGGGUGAGUUCGAACGACGCCGGUCCGGUCACCGUGUUUUCGAACACGUCGAAUGUUUCGCGUGUGUUUAAAUGUUGUACUUUAUAUGUGUACAUAGGUAUUUUGUACGCUCAAUGGGUUCGAAAACACGGGAACAACGGCGUGCACGGACGCCCUGCUGUUGAGAAUGGGAGUGCUCCUACCCCUUUGUUGCGUAACGUUCUCAUGUACAAUGUUAAUAAUGGUCAUUUGACGUUCAGUUUGCACGUUGACGAUACAAGCAAUGCAAAUGUUUUGCGAAUCGCCAUAAAUGAAAAAUGUUUUUUAGUUCAAUUAUUGCUUCAUUUUUCUAAGUAUAUUUCACUUAAUUUUAUUAGUAUCUUAAUAGUCUUUACAAAUAAAUACCUAAACCACCCUUUCGAAUACUCCAUCAAGAGGUGGUGUGAAAGGACUCUGUAAAAUCGCUCUCAAAAUUAGAAAUGGAAGGGAAAUGAUUUGCCAAAUUUGAAUUGAUUUUUAGACGAAACAUUUGCAGUAUAUUUCGAUCGAUCGACGUGCAACCGCGUUUCGAACGAGCCUGUGUUACACCAGCAUGCGGUUGCGUCACGUUCAACCCAUUGCCAUAAUGGAACGGGUUUCUUGUUCCAAGGAAACGAGAAAACUAUCGUUUACGACAGGUUGCAGCGCGCAACGAUGCAGCGGCCUUUAUUUCGCGGGAUUCUUAGCGUUGUCGGUCACGAGAAUGCGUCCGUGGUUCGAAACAGAAAUAUCAAGUGUGAAAUAAAAAAAAAAAUAGAAUUGAAAUGAAUGAUUUACUACGCGAAAGAAAAAUAGGGCACGUUGUAGACGCUGAACAGAACGGAGAAGAAAAGGAAAAAUCGUAACCGAAACGCGUAGGCUAAAUCCAACUAUCUUUGUACAUAAGCAUUGCGAACAGAGACACGUUAUUUCCACGUUGACUCUCGUAUACUUUCUUCCUUUAUGUCGCGAGUUUCCAUUCGAUGGGCUGACAGAUCGAAUAUUUGCGUUCGAGUAAAAUGUUGAAAGAGAAGAGGAGGCUUUAAGGGAGAAUAAAGAAACACGCGAAGCGUGAAAGUGGGUAAACGACCUGAAAGAGCCAUUCAAUGAUCGCAAACGGUUCGAUCGGUCGUGCUUUAAGAGCGCAACGAUGGUAAAUUAUACGAGAAACAGCGUAAAAGGUAACAACAACAAAAAAAAAGAUGAAGAAGAAGAAAAAAGGAGUCGAUUUAAUGCCGGAGAAUAUAUCUCCGAGCGAUUUAUACGAGCGUUACUACGUUAUUGCCACGUAUUAAUCGUUUAUUAUUGUUGUCAUUAUUACGAAUGAUUAUUAUUAUUAUCGCGUAUUAUUAUUACCAUCAUCGUCAUUACUAUUAUUACGAAUAACAUUACGGUAGCGUUUAAACGGUUUUAACUCUCAGACACUUUAUUAAGAUCUUUACCAAUAUUACCUAGCGGGCUGUCGCCGUGUAACUUGUUACGUAAAAUGACCAAAAAAUUACUAAAGUAACGUACUACCUAUUAAUCUAUAUAGGAUGAUCUAGUCGACCACGUGUUAAGGGGGAAACAGUCUUUUUUAACGAGCUCUCUCUUUCUCUCUAUCUAUCUAUCUUCUCUGUUAGUAAGUUUUGAAGGAAGACCCGGAAGAUGCAACGAAGAUAAAUGAUUUAACAGCGAUAAAAUUUCAUUUAUUAUUAUUUUAGAGGGUUAUUGAACAUCGUGUUCCAAAAUUUACUGAUUAAAAUCCGUUUCAGGGGGGAACGCCUGACAAAUGAUUGACUCGUAUCACUGAAACUUUUGCUGCGACAUUUAUUUCAUAAGAAAGAAGGAUUCUAUCGGUUGUCAUCGGAAACGAACGAUUUAACAGUGAUACAUCAAUCCCGAAAUUUUAUUUAUCAUUAUUUUAAAAGGUGAUUGCAAUCAUUAUCAAAUAUCACGUUCCUGCAGUGUCAAGAUUCGGUGAUCCAGAGAUGUCUGACAAGUGAUUGACUCGUACUACUGAAAUUUGUGAUGUCAUUAAUAUAAUUCCCUGUCUAAUUCACUUGCAGCAAUUGUAAUGAGUAUUAUAGAAUUAGAUUUACAUUAAAAUUUAACAAUUUACGUGCGGAUUCAAUAAUUUCUAAUAAAUCAACCCGUUUCAAUGACACUUGAUGCAAAAGAAUUAAAAUCAAAGUUCCAUCUUUAAUUUAUCACUAAACCUUUAAUUCGAAAAAUCUUUAAUUAACUGUUUUUACAAUAGAAAGAGGUUGCAACUUCCGUGUGUCCGUUCAAUGUAACACAGCCUGUCUAAAGAGGUGUAGAUUACGAAGGAAUAGCCCACAGGGUGUCGCGUUAGCACUUCAAUGAUAUUGAACAAUGUCUGGCGAUGAUGAAAAGCAUGUGAUGCUUGCUCAAAGUGAAAAAAAAAAAUAAUAAAAUUGUACUUUUGGGUCGUUCAUUUCCCAAACGCUCGACGUGCCGGUCGAAUUUCAAAGGAACCCAGAGAAAUUUGUAUCUUCGCUAAUUUUCUAUUGAACUGUUCCAUAAUUAUUAUAAGAAACAGAAAUAAAAACACACGUACAUACACGCGCAUACACAGAUGAAAAGAUUGUAAAAAAAAAAAACAUAACAAAUCGAAGAGAGCUAGAUAGAAACUUUUUAAUAGAGAAAUAAUAAUAAAUAGUAUAUUCGAAAGGGCCAGUAAACCUCGUAGCCAAAUAUAAUAUCGUUCAUCGCGUUAAAGAAUAAACCCUUUGACUGUUUUCAAUCCAACACCCUGCAAAAUUAUUUAAUUUCUAGAAACAUAGGGAACCGAACGUAUGUAUAUAAAUAAAGUUUCUAACAAAAUACCCUUCUUUCGUUGGAGGCACAUCAUUCUGGAAAUCUUUUAAUAUUCGACUAUCAGUGAAAUCGAAUUUUUGUCAAUAAAAACAGUCAAAGGAUUCAGCUUAAUCGAUCGCGCAGCUGUACUCUACAAAUUUAAGCUGUUUCGUUCGAACUUGUUUGCCCCGCAUUUCAUUCUCCCUUGUAUCUCACGGGACUUCUUUUUUUUUUGUACGUAGUAUCAACGACUGAGUAAACUUUAGAGGCUUUACCAUUGGAAAAUGGACGAUUCACUAUUAGAGUGUAAACCGUGACGAAUGAAACGAUAUGGUGGUACCUCUGUGAGCGUGCGAAUGAUCCAGAGCGAUUUCGAGGAGAAUUGCAUCGGUGACUCGAGGAACAAGCGGAUUUUUGCAACCAUUUUAUGGACGAGUAUUUAACUUAACGAAUUACAAUAUCGAGUUACAUGCUGUGUAUUCGAAUCUCUCUACGAAACAGUUUUAAGAAAUGGCACGGUAAAAGAAUGAAAUUGGUAAUAAUUAUUGAAUUAGAAAUCGUUUCCUUACUUAGAAUUUCAAAGAAUUAGUUUGUUGCAUAUUAAAUGAUAAUCGAUCGUGAAACAAUGAAGAGAUAAAUAAGGAGUUCGUUCCUCCAGUUACCGAUUCAAUGAACGCAGACGAUAGCGUUCGUUCUACGUGAAACUACUCGUCGCCGGUCAAGCAAGACCAAAAAACAAUGAAAAUGUUUGUAAUAUCGUCGCCAGCUAGAUCUCGUUCCUGCCCUCGAUAAAUUCGCGAUAUGAUCGCGAAUCUCGCGAGCGUUCGCGAACGCUAUCGUCGCGCGACGAUUCAAUUUUGAGAGGAGAAACUAAGAAGAAAAUAAAUAUGAAACAAUUCCCACGCAACGAAUCUUGAAAGUAGUCAAUAUCUAAUCAAUUCCGAAGAUACCGUAGCGGUAGUUACGAUUUAAAAUGAAAAAAAUAAAUAAAAGAAGAGAAGGUAAUUGAGAAACCAGUGUGAAAUAAAGCGAUGACAGGAACAGCAGGUAAAAACGAUACUGAACGUACAGGAUGAGUCGAUAAGAAUUGAAAUAAUCUUCUGUUUAUUCGAUUUUACAAGAAAUUUUUAUUCGAAUGGGCUGAAUCGUAUAGAAUAAUUUUCAUUUGCCGAAAUAUCGAAAUAAUCCUGAAUUAUUUAAUCUAAACAACGCAGUGCAUUUCUUUUUAUUAUAAAAUUGUAUUAUUAAGUAACUUAUAAGAAUAUUCUGUUUCUAUUUAUAUUGUUAUUGUAUAAAGGGCCAUUGACUCAUCCUGAACGAUUAGAAUGAUAGACAAACGAGCAGGAAAAAAAUGUGGCAGAUAUUUUUAAAGAGAAAAACAUGCGUGUUUAAGAAGAACGUCGAGUUAACAGAGGCGGUGCUAAUCAUGGCACUAAUAUAAAGUAAAAAAAGAUGUGAACCGAUGAAUUUCGAUCCUUGUUAAUCAUAGGCGAAUUAAUAUCAAGCGAAGCAUCAGUUGAUAAGUAAAUCUCUAAUCGUAGCGUGUAUCUCCGAGGAGCGCUGCUAAAAAGAAAAAAAAAACGAUCUUCGAACCUUACGAAGGGAUAGGGGUAUAAUGACUAACAAUGUUUAUGAACCAAUGCAUUUUCAUGCCGAAAACAAAUAAAAUUUGCAAGUCGGA